AUGUCCCCUAAGCCAUUCCCUGAAUUAUCGCCUGAGAAUGAAGUCGAAUUGACUGAGUCUCUUUUACAAUGGUGUCUUGGUAAUGGGUUAGUCAUGUAUCCCCCAAAUUUCAACAACUUCAGUGCUAACAACUCCCCCAUCACUUUAUUCCCUACUCCCUUGCCUAAAUCAAGUUUUACAACCGCUCAAGAAAUACAAAAAUUGUACAAUGAGUUAUACAUAAAUGUGGUGACAAAAGAAAAGACAUGGUUAGUUGAUAUAUUGAAGGAAUUAUCCAAGUAUGACGCCGAUUUCACAGGUAAGUUAUUUGAAGUUUAUCAACAGCUGCUCGACAAACAUGGACAAUUGGUCCAACCCUUGAGUUUAGGGUUAUUUAGAUCAGAUUAUAUGGUUCAUAGUGACAGCAACGAGAUUAAACAAAUUGAAUUCAAUACUGUGAGUGUUUCGUUUGGGGGAUUGUCUACGAAGAUUGGUGAAUUGCACAAUUACUUGAAUAGCAGUGGUGCGUAUGACCAAGCGCAUAGUUCCAAGUAUUAUGAAGACAAAGAAAUCCCCAUUUCAAACUCAAUUGAAGAAUUGGCCCACGGAUUGGCAGAUGCUGAUUUCCAUUACAAUGACAAAAAACAAGAUUCAAAGACGAUCGUAUUGUUUAUUGUCCAACCAGGGGAAAGAAACUGUUUUGACCAAAGACAUAUUGAAUAUGCAUUACUUAAAAACCAUGGGAUUAAAUCGCACAGACUUACUUUGGAAGAUGUGGGUGAAAAGGUGGUCAUCAAAUCAGACAAAUUGUACAUUAAAUCAACUUUGGAUGAAGUAUCUGUGGUUUACUAUAGAUCAGGUUAUGCACCAAGUGACUAUGAUAUCAAUCCAGACAAGACUUGGUCCGCAAGAUUAUUGUUGGAGAAAUCCAUGGCAGUUAAAUGUCCUUCGGUAUUAACCCAAUUAUCGGGUGCCAAAAAAAUUCAACAGAUAUUAACCAAGAAAGAAAUUGUUUCUAAGUUAUUACCAAAUUCAUCCACUCAAGAUAUUGAGAAAAUAUUGUCUACUUUUGUUGCCAUUUAUCCAUUGGACGAUAGUGAGGAGGGGAAACUUGCACAAAAGUUGGCAUUUGAACAUCCGGAAAGAUUUGUAUUGAAGCCCCAACGAGAAGGAGGUGGUAAUAACAUUUACAAGGAAAACAUUCCCGGCUUUUUAACCAGCCUUGAUAAAAGCGAAUGGGGAGCAUAUAUUUUAAUGGAAAUUAUAAACCCUCCUAACUAUAAGAACAAGAUUAUUAGAAAUGGAGAAAUCUUCCAUGAAAAUAUUAUUUCUGAAUUAGGUAUAUUUGGGACAAUUUUAUUCAAUGAAUCAACUGGGGACAUAUUAACAAACAAAAAUGCUGGUUGGUUAUUAAGAUCUAAAUUUAGCACUAGCAAUGAAGGAGGAGUAGCUGCUGGAUUUGGAUGCGUUGACAAUAUUUAUCUUUAUUGA